AUGGCGCCUUCCACCCGCAACGACACCCUCUCAAAGAAAAUCGAGACGCUCCAACUCCGCCUCGCACCACUCGUGCCCCUCCCUUCCGGCCCACCACACCCGUCCUUCCCCAAAACCCUCAUGGCCUUCCACCUCCUCACCGAGGACGAACUCGACAGCAUCGCCCACUACUACCACCAAUCCACCCCGGGCCCCUGGACGCACCAUUACCCAGCCAACAUGAACUGGGACAAAGACUUCCUGGCCAAGCCCAAACCCACCGCGACGAGUCCACACGCCCGCCGCCACAGCCGGCAGCUCAGCGCGGACGAGAACAUCUGGCUCGAAGACCUCAUGAAGACGGUGGAGGACCUGCAGGCGCCGACGACGCUGCUGGCGUCGCAGAGUGAGAGGGCGAGCGGGAGCAAUGCGUACGCGGGGUUGUCGGAGAAGGAGAGGAUACGGAUCAAGAGAAGGAAGGUUGGCAAGUUUAUUGGGUUGGUGGGGAUGGAGACGCCGGUGGAGGAGAUUGCGGGGAGGAUUCAGGCGAGUUUGGACCGGGCGGUGGAGAGGAGUACGGAGGAGUUGAGACGGAAUGAGGAGGUGGUGUUGAGGAGGAGGAAGAUGGUUUGA